GAAGCCAGUUGAGGGAAAUUCUCCAUGAAUGUACGUCACAAUGAUGAUGACCGACCAAAUCCCUCUGGAACUGCCACCACUGCUGAACGGAGAGGUAGCCAUGAUGCCUCACUUGGUGAAUGGAGAAGCAGCCCAGCAGGUUAUUCUUGUUCAAGUUAAUCCAGGUGAGACGUUUACAAUAAGAGCAGAAGAUGGAACACUUCAGUGCAUUCAAGGACCUGCUGAAGUUCCCAUGAUGUCACCUAAUGGAUCCAUUCCUCCCAUUCACGUGCCUCCAGGUUAUAUCUCACAGGUGAUUGAAGACAGUACUGGAGUCCGCCGGGUGGUAGUCACACCGCAGUCUCCAGAAUGUUAUCCUCCAAGCUACCCCUCAGCCAUGUCUCCCACCCAUCACCUUCCCCCCUACCUGGCCCAUCACCCCCAUUUCAUCCAUAACUCCCAUACGGCUUACUAUCCUCCAGUUACUGGGCCUGGAGAUAUGCCACCUCAGUUUUUUCCUCAGCACCACCUUCCUCCUACAAUAUACAGUGAGCAAGAAAUAAUACCACUGUAUGGAAUGUCUAGCUACAUUACCCGGGAAGACCAGUACAGCAAGCCUCCGCACAAAAAACUCAAAGAUCGCCAGAUUGACCGCCAGAACCGCCUGAACAGCCCUCCUUCCUCCAUCUACAAAAGCAACUGCACCACGGUGUACAACGGAUACGGGAAGGGGCAUGGUGGAGGAGGCGGUGGAGGUGGGGGCGGAGGCAGUGGUGGUGGGCCUGGAAUCAAGAAAACAGAGCGGCGAGCAAGAAGCAGCCCAAAGUCGAAUGAUUCAGAUUUGCAAGAAUAUGAGUUGGAAGUAAAGAGGGUGCAAGACAUUCUUUCUGGAAUAGAGAAACCACAGGUUUCUAAUAUUCAGGCGAGAGCAGUUGUGUUGUCCUGGGCUCCCCCUGUUGGACUUUCAUGUGGACCCCACAGUGGUCUUUCUUUCCCCUACAGUUAUGAGGUUGCUUUAUCAGACAAAGGCCGAGAUGGAAAAUACAAGAUAAUUUACAGUGGUGAAGAAUUAGAAUGUAACCUGAAAGAUCUUAGACCAGCAACUGAUUAUCAUGUGAGGGUAUAUGCCAUGUACAAUUCUGUAAAGGGAUCGUGCUCCGAGCCAGUUAGCUUCACCACCCACAGCUGUGCACCUGAGAGUCCUUUCCCUCCUAAGCUGGCACACAGAAGCAAAAGUUCACUAACCUUGCAGUGGAAGGCACCAAUUGACAAUGGUUCAAAAAUCACCAGCUACCUUUUAGAAUGGGAUGAGGGAAAAAGAAACAGUGGUUUCAGACAAUGCUUCUUUGGGAGCCAGAAACACUGCAAGUUGACAAAGCUUUGUCCAGCCAUGGGGUACACAUUCAGGCUGGCCGCUCGGAAUGACAUUGGUACCAGUGGUUAUAGCCAAGAGGUGGUUUGCUACACAUUAGGAAACAUCCCUCAGAUGCCGUCUGCACCAAGACUCGUUCGAGCUGGUGUCACAUGGAUCACACUGCAGUGGAAUAAGCCAGAAGGCUGUUCACCCGAGGAAGCAAUCACCUAUACCUUGGAAAUUCAGGAGGAUGAAAAUGAUAACCUUUUCCACCCAAAAUACACUGGAGAGGAUUUAACUUGUACUGUGAAAAAUCUCAAAAGAAGCACACAGUAUAAAUUCAGGCUGACUGCUUCUAAUAUGGAAGGGAAAAGCUGUCCGAGUGAAGUUUUGGUUUGUACAACAAGUCCGGACAGGCCUGGACCUCCUACAAGACCCCUCGUUAAAGGACCAGUCACAUCUCAUGGCUUCAGUGUCAAAUGGGACCCUCCAAAGGACAAUGGUGGUGCAGAAAUUCUCAAGUACUUGCUGGAGAUUACUGAUGGAAAUUCUGAAGCCAAUCAGUGGGAAGUGGCAUACAGUGGAUCGGCUACAGAAUACACAUUCACCCACUUGAAACCAGGCACUUUGUACAAACUCCGAGCGUGCUGCAUCAGUACUGGUGGGCACAGUCAGUGUUCUGAAAGUCUCCCUGUUCGCACACUAAGCAUCGCACCAGGUCAGUGUCGACCACCGAGGGUUUUGGGUAGACCCAAGCACAAAGAAGUCCACCUAGAGUGGGAUGUUCCUGCAUCAGAAAGUGGUUGUGAGGUCUCAGAGUACAGUGUGGAGAUGACUGAACCCGAGGACGUAGCUUCAGAAGUGUACCAUGGGCCAGAGCUGGAGUGCACUGUUGGCAGCCUGCUUCCUGGAACUGUGUAUCGCUUCAGAGUGAGGGCUCUGAACGAUGGAGGGUAUGGUCCCUAUUCUGAUGUAUCUGAAAUCACCACUGCCACAGGGCCCCCUGGACAGUGCAAAGCGCCUAGUGUUUCUUUUACACCUGAUGGAUGUGUCCUAGUGAGCUGGGAGAGUCCUGAAAGCUUGGGAGUCGACAUCUCAGAGUACAGGUUGGAGUGGGGAGAAGAUGAAGAAUCCUUAGAACUCAUUUAUCAUGGGACAGACACCUGCUUUGAGAUGAGAGAUCUGCUGCCUGCUGCAGAAUAUUGCUGUAGACUGCAGGCCUUCAAUCAAGCAGGAGCAGGACCAUACAGCGAGCUCGUGCUUUGCCAGACACCAGCAUCUGCCCCUGACCCCAUCUCCACUCUGUGUGUCCUGGAGGAAGAACCCCUCACUGCCUACCCUGACUCACCCUCUGUGUGCCUUGUCCUGAGCUGGGAAGAACCGUGCAAUAAUGGAUCGGAAAUCCUCGCUUACAACAUUGAUCUUGGAGACAGCAGCAUUACUGUGGGCAAUAUCACCACUCAUGCUGUGAAAGAUCUCCUUCCAGAAACCACAUACCGGAUCAGGAUUCAGGCUGUAAAUGAAAUUGGAGCUGGACCAUUUAGUCAGUUCAUUAAAGCAAAAACUCGGCCUUUACCACCCCUGCCUCCUAGGCUAGAAUGUGCUGCAGCUGGGCCACAGAGCCUGAAGCUAAAAUGGGGUGACAGUAACUCUAAGACACAUGCUGCUGAUGACAUGGUAUAUACACUACAGCUGGAAGACCGAAACAAGAGGUUUAUUUCCAUUUAUAGAGGACCUAGCCACACUUACAAGGUCCAGAGACUGACGGAAUUCACGUGCUACUCCUUCCGAAUCCAGGCAGCCAGCGAGGCUGGGGAAGGGGCCUUCUCUGAAACCUACACCUUCAGCACAACCAAAAGUGUCCCCCCCACCAUCAAAGCACCUCGAGUAACACAGUUAGAAGGGAAUUCAUGUGAAAUUUUAUGGGAGACAGUACCACCAAUGAAAGGCGACCCUGUUAACUACAUUCUACAGGUAUUGGUUGGAAGAGAAUCCGAGUACAAACAGGUGUACAAGGGAGAAGAAGCCACAUUCCAAAUCUCAGGCCUCCAGACCAACACGGACUACCGCUUCCGCGUGUGUGCGUGUCGGCGCUGUUUAGACACCUCUCAGGAGCUAAGCGGAGCUUUCAGCCCCUCUGCAGCUUUUGUAUUGCAACGAAGUGAGGUCAUGCUUACAGGGGACAUGGGGAGCUUAGACGAUCCCAAAAUGAAGAGCAUGAUGCCUACUGACGAACAGUUUGCAGCCCUCAUUGUGCUUGGCUUUGCAACUUUGUCCAUCUUAUUUGCCUUUAUAUUACAGUACUUCUUAAUGAAGUAAACAACCCCAACAAAACUAGAGGUAUGAAUUUAAUUAAUGCUACACAUUUUAAUACACACAUUUAUUCAGAUACUCCCCUUUUUAGCCCUUUUGUUCUUUGAUUUAUAUACUUCUCUUGUUUUACAGAUUUAGCUAGGAAAAAAAUGUCAGUGUUUUGGUGCACCUUUUUGAAAUGCAAAACUAGGAAGAGGUUAAACUGGAUUUUUAAAAAAAAGAAGAAGGAGAAGAAAAGCAAAUCAGAUGCCAGAAACUAGCUUUCUUAUGUUUUCUUUUAAGUUUCCCAAUUUGCCUUUAUUCUAUUUUCACUGAUAGGUCUUUUACAAGCCUUUGAUAUUUUUUCAUGUUACAGUUUAGUAAUUUAUAUAUAUUCACCAGUCACUUCUUUUGUCUUGAUCAUCUAUAUCUGUAAACAGAAUCACUGUGUGUGUAGUUACAGGGCUAGGAUUUUGAUGUUGUCAGAGUAUGACCACACAGCAACGACAUACAGGAGAUGUCUUCACUCAGAUAAGGCUGCCCUAAACCAUUUUGUCACCCAGUUAUUUAACUCUGUUUAGCUCAUUAAAUCAAAAUGUGUACUUUAAUCUGAAAUGUUUUAAUAAUCUGUAUUUCUUACGAUUUUAACACAAUGAGCUGCCUGUAUAAGAAAUCAAGUAACCAAAAUCCACCUAUAAAUUAUGGAGCAUUGUAGAUUUUACCACAUCGAUUCAUAGCAGUAACUUUAAGAGGGCAUUGUGCAAUAGUUAGUUGUUUCCUUGUUCAGCUAUUUUAAAGCUGCUUUAACUUGUUUGUCUGUCUUUGUAUAUAACUACUCCUAAUCUAAUCACUAGAGUUAUUAUAUUCUGUUACAUUUGAUCAGAAUUAUAUGACAAAAACUGGUGACAGUUUAGUGCCUCUGCCCAUCGUUCGUGAUUUACACUAAUGUGAGCAGUCUCCUUACAUGCCAGCUCAUUAGUUUUGAAAGAUUUGCCUUUAGGCUGUUCUUUGAGGUAUCAAUGAAGUGAUUGUAUUUCAAUACUUUAAUUCGGUGCCCAGAAUAUUAAUGUUACAGCAGAUGAAAACUGUUAAAACCCAAAAGGGAGUCAUCUGAAUUUGUAGUUCCUGUUUCUGUGGGGUUAAUCUGGCCAUGUGUGGAAUGGGAAUGGUAUUUGGUAAUAAGCACAGGGUGUUUGGGGGUUAAGGAGCCUAGAUUCUCUCCCUGGAUCUGUCACUAACUUGCUGCGUGACCUGAACACGUCACUUUACCUCUCUGUGCCUCAGUUUUCCCAUGCAUGAAAAAUAAAAUGAAAUAAAAUGGGGAUUCUAAUGUUUGUAAGUGCUUUGAGAUCUUUGAUCAACAGGUGCUAUUGGAGUGUAAAGCGUUACUCUUGCAUGUUUAUUUUGACUCAUGAGAUAAUCAAUUUUAACCCAAAGUCAUUGGAUUAUUUAUAUGAAGUCCAUAAUGUUCAAGUACCUCAGGGACACUUAAGAGUUGGAGGUGCACAUAUAUUCCAAAAGGGUGCAGCAGACACAGCAUACCCCUGCUUCUGUUUUUUUGUAUAUUUUUGCUACUCAGUUUUUCUUGAUCAUAGCUAUUUUGUGCUUGGUCUAUGUUGUCUAAGAUGCAGUAAGUAUCCUGUACUAGCUUAUAAUAUUCCCAUACCAAAGUCAUGGGGAAACCAACAUUAUUUUGUUUUUGGUUUAUUUAUACUAUAUUCUGCAUACAGUACUUUAAAUGCCAAUUACAGUGCAAUCUUUAUUUAUUGUAAAAAAAUUUUAAAUGUACUUAUGUACUAAUUUUCCCUUGUAGCAUGUUAUUUUUUAUGUGUUUAUACUUUUGUAAUUUUAGGUCAGUCUUGUUCCUGGCAACAUCUGUAGUAUUAUUAACCUUCUGACAUUUUCUUGUGUUUUCAAAGAUCAGAGCAUCUAGUGCAUUAAAUGCCAAAAAAAAAAGAAAUCCAUUGUCAGAGAUUGAAAGGUUUACAUUUACCCAAAAAAUCAUAAUCAUCUCUUGAAAGAGUGCUAAAAUCAACGAGUUAUUCUGUGUGCCUAUAUCGAUGUAGUAAGUCUAGAGAGUUUUGUAUUUUGUUAUUGACUACAAUUAGUUUAGCCUUGCAAAUUGAUGGCAUCAAGGUAAAUAUAUUUUUGCCAAAGUUCUGGCCUUCCAAAACUCAUCCCUUGAAUUUACAUAUGUGAUAUAACCCACCAUGACAUAACAUCUUCAAUUUUUAAGAUAAUUUCAUUGAAGUGUUUUGAGGGAAAAGGCAUUUUUUUAAGCAAUGAGAGUUCAACUGAGAAAAAUACCCUUUUUGCAAGGGAAACACUUUUUUAACACACUUCAGAACUGCUGCUAUAAAGAAAUUCUCUGAAUUAGUUGAAUUUUUUUUAAAGAAAGUGAUACCUUAGGCCAAAAUUGCUGUGAAUAGUUGAUCUUUAGAGAUUUUUCUACCCUGUCUUUAACCACCAGAAGCUGAAGUGUGUGAAAUACAAGCUGACAGCACUUUAUUUUAUUGCUCUCCAUUAGAUAUUCAUCAUAAUCCCUUCAGUCAGAAAAUUAUUACUCUGUGGCACUGUUUUGUAUCACAAAUUUGUAUAUGGGAUAUUGGUAUAGAACUAUAUAUAUUGCCAUACACAUGAACAAUAAAAUAAAGUGUUACAUUAACCUUAUCUCUUUGCCCUUUUGCAAUAUGUAGGAAUGAAUGAGAGGCUUUCUGAUGCUCUGACACUUCUCUGUAUGUCAAACUCAAACCCAAUGCAAGAAAUUCCAGUCAUGUUGAAAAAAGAAACUGCCCUUUGUCCUCAAAGAAGUUGUUUAAAAAGAAAAUGUUUUUUAAAGAUUUUUUUCAUAUUAUCUGCCUUGUUCUUAUCAACUUGAAGUGUUGGCAUUUUCUAACCUUGUUUUGUUGGCUACAGUAAUUCAGUAUUCAUGUCAAAAUUUGAAAAGUGCCCUAAUUGAAUGCGUUUGAAUGUUAUCCUUGCACAGUUCUUUAAAUUAAAAGACAAAAUGUUUUACCUCACUGUUGGACAUACAUUCCAAGCUUUUCAACUUUAGGAGAAAAAAAAUAAUCAUAUGUUUUCCUGUAUUGUAAAUUUUAGACUAUUUCAUAUGCAUUGUAUUAAAACUGCCAUAUCAAUUUUAAUGUAUAGAUUUUGCAAAUAUUAUGCUAUAUGUAAUACCUAACUGUAUCUGUAGUGUAUAUGUAAUAUAUUUAUGCCCAAUAAAUGUUUUAAUUCUUUCUGA